UGAGUCAAACUCUUAUGAAACAAAGUAGCGCAGCAGCAGGUAAACGGACCCAGACUCCACCGGCUCUCAGCGCGCUCUGCUCGGCUACAGCCCGAAGAAAUGCGUCUUUCUUUGGGUUGGACAUAGAUAUCAGCCCCGGGGAGCCAGCACCAGAAUAAAAAUGGCCCCAAACUCCAUCCACUGGUUCCGUAAAGGCCUCCGUCUUCAUGACAACCCGGCGCUGCUGCAGGCGGUUCGGGGGGCGGGCACGGUUCGCUGCGUCUACUUCCUGGACCCGUGGUUUGCCGGCUCGUCCAACGUCGGCGUCAACAGGUGGAGGUUUCUUCUUCAGUGUCUGGAGGAUCUUGACGCCAACCUACGAAAACUCAACUCCCGCCUUUUUGUCAUCAGGGGCCAACCAGCCAAUGUGUUCCCACGCCUCUUCAAGGAGUGGAAGAUCUCUCGUCUGACCUUUGAAUAUGACUCGGAGCCUUUUGGGAAAGAGAGAGACGCUGCCAUUAAGAAGCUGGCCAUGGAGGCCGGAGUGGAGGUCACCGUCAAGACUUCACACACACUCUACGACCUGGACAAGAUCAUCGAGCUGAACGGUGGUCAGCCUCCUCUCACCUACAAGCGUUUCCAGACUCUGAUCAGCCGUCUGGAUCCUCCAGAGAUGCCCGUUGAGACGCUGUCGGACGCUCUGAUGGGUCGCUGCGUCACCCCCAUCUCUGAUGACCACGGAGACAAGUACGGCGUCCCGUCCCUGGAGGAGCUGGGCUUUGACACAGAGGGCCUGCCCACCGCCGUGUGGCCCGGAGGAGAGACCGAGGCUCUGACAAGGAUAGAGCGCCAUCUGGAGAGAAAGGCGUGGGUGGCGAACUUCGAGCGACCCAGAAUGAACGCCAACUCCCUGCUGGCGAGCCCGACCGGCCUCAGCCCGUACCUGCGCUUCGGCUGCCUCUCCUGCCGCCUUUUCUACUUCAAGCUCACCGACCUCUACCGCAAGGUGAAGAAGAACAGCUCCCCGCCCCUCUCCCUGUACGGACAGCUGCUUUGGCGGGAGUUCUUCUACACCACGGCCACCAACAACCCGCGCUUCGACAAGAUGGAGGGGAACCCCAUCUGCGUCCGCAUCCCCUGGGACAAGAACCCCGAAGCGCUGGCCAAGUGGGCCGAGGCCAAGACGGGUUUCCCCUGGAUAGACGCCAUCAUGACCCAACUGAGACAGGAGGGCUGGAUCCACCACCUGGCCCGGCACGCUGUGGCCUGCUUCCUAACCAGGGGCGACCUGUGGAUCAGCUGGGAGGAGGGCAUGAAGGUGUUUGAGGAGCUUCUUCUCGAUGCAGACUGGAGCGUGAAUGCGGGCAGCUGGAUGUGGCUGUCCUGCAGUUCAUUUUUCCAGCAGUUUUUCCAUUGCUACUGCCCCGUGGGCUUCGGCAGGCGCACCGACCCCAACGGGGACUUCAUAAGACGAUACUUACCUGUCCUCCGAGGUUUCCCUGCUAAGUACAUCUACGACCCGUGGAACGCUCCGGAGUCCGUGCAGGCCGCCGCCAAGUGCAUCAUCGGCGUGCAAUACCCCAAGCCCAUGGUGCACCACGCAGAGGCGAGCCGGCUCAACAUCGAGAGGAUGAAGCAGAUCUACCAGCAGCUCAGCCGAUACCGGGGACUGGGCCUGCUGGCGUCAGUGCCGUCCACCAAUGGGAACGGGAGCGGAGGGAUGAUGGCGUACUCUCCCGGAGAGCAGCAGCCAGGGACCAACAACAACAACUCACACUUGCCUGCAGCACCGGCGGGCUCGGUUGCCAUGGGUAAUGGCAGUGGCAGCAUCCUGCUCAACUUUCACAAUGAAGAAGACAUGCGGCCAAGUGGCGGACAGCAGCGACUGCAGCCGCACCCACAACAACAACAACAACAGCAGCAGCAGCAACAAUCUCAGCAGCAGCAGGAGCAGCAGCAUGGAUACCACUCAGUGCCAGACGCCAGCCAGCCCGUCACCAGCAGCCACCUCUACCAUGAGUUCGCUGUGCCUCAACACCCGGCGCUCCUCCUGCACGGCAGAGGAAGCCUCACAGGGAAGCGGGAGCGUGAGUCGGAACGAGACGGCUCGGCAGAGAAGGAUCCGGCGUCCUGCUCAGUGCACAAGAUGCAGCGGCAGAGUGCAGAGACGUCCUAGAGCCGUGGCGAGGAGUCCCGACCACCAUGAGUCACCGUCCGUCCGGCGGAAAGAGGAACUCCCCUCCACCUGGCCUCCACCCGCCGGCUCCUCCUCAAACACCAUAAACUGCAUCUAAAGUGCUCUCUGUUCCUCUGUUCCUACAGGCAGAGGGGGUAAACAUGAAGGUGAAAAUGUGAUUUAUUUUUUUUCUAGAAGGGCUUUAACGUCAAACAGUCCGAUGACCUCUGACCUUUUGCGUGUGUAAAAAGAAACAAAAACGCCUCAAACUUUGCAGAUUAUUUAUAAUAAAAAGAAGAGAAAAAAAACUACAUUAUUGUCUUAAAAGUGCUGCCAGCAGCCAGUAAAUACUGUGUAAACUCUGAAGCAGCUAUAAAUGUAAGUGAUGGAAUGUUUGUUCAUGUUUUUAAGCUGCACACACAUUAAUUCAUUAAUCACUAUGGUAACCAACUUCUGUACAGCUCCAGUGUUGCAUCACACAUGCAGUCACAAUAUUUUCUCUCACAAAUGUAUAAACGCUGUUCAUGCUGAUAUUUAAUGUUUAUGUUUCUCAAGCUUGUAAAUAUGCGAAUUUGCUAUUUUAUUUUAUAUUAUUUGCUGACCAUCCACAAAUGAAGGAUGUGUUCCUCAUCUUUAAACUACAUUUUAACUAAACAAAAACAUUGUAAAGAACUCAUUCUGUCCCCGGGUGCUCAGUUAACCACAGAACAGUUAUUAAAGAACCACCCGUCUCUGAUGUUGCUUCAUCACACUUCUUUAUAUAAUGAAAAAUGAUGAAGUCCUUGUGUGCAGUAACUUUUUUUCAGGGUCAUUUUUGAGAAUAUUAAUCAUAGAAAAAUGUGUUUCUGUCUCACAUGUAAGUGCACAGCUCUCCCUGCAGUGAGUGACUACAUAAAGCACACAGAGAUCUAAUGAGUAAUGCGCCGCUGCCUGCAGGUUAUUAGCAUCAUGGUGUUGGUAGCUGACGAGUAUCUGACAGUGCGUGCAUCUCAGAGACAUCAAAGAUUACCAACUGGUUUCUUUCUUUUUUUUGGUGUUUAAAACAUGUUUACAGUGUUAGAUGGCUGUAAAACUGCCUUUAGAGUGUGGCAUUAUGGGUAACAGAGUGCUGGUGUAGCUGUUUUUGUAGUUCUAAUGUGUUGAGAGGUCAUCAGAGGCAGACAUGUAGCUGAACACAACAACUGAAACAUAAAACACAAGAAGAUCUCUGCUCAUGAACAUCAGUGAAACAUGAGCUGGCUCUGUUCUGUCUGUUUAUUGAGAAUUAUAGUUAUAGCUUCUGACUGUCAAAGUCUGUAUAAAUCUUUCUGCUGUGUUUUUCGCCCUUCAGUUAGUCAGUCGUCACAUUUUCACCUCUCUGUUACCUCUCGCGGGUAAAAACACUCUGCCUGUAGAGGAGAAACAUCUCUGUUGGAAAUAUUUGCUGUGCAACAUGUUCAAAAACCAAAAAACAAAAAAAAACUCAAUGCGGUUAAUUUUUUUUGCAAGAGGAUGUGGAAGUCUGUCGGACGGCGUGAGGACGGAGGCGGACGGCUGCAAACUCCUCUCAACAGUGUCACAUUUUUCUAAGAUUUCAUAUAAAACCAAAAACUUGCUGAACAAAAAAGGAAGGAAAAAAACUCAGUCGAGACACUAAAAGACGUGAGGCAUCUGAUCUGACUGAGUCCGAGUCUGUCUGCAGGACAGAAACCAACAUUCCUCAGAAACAGUGAAGCCUCCUGAUGCUGCAGGACUCUCUGCUGCAUAGGAAGCUCAGCAUCACACACCGCUUCCUGCAGCAACUCUGCGACCUGGAUAUGUUUGAAAUUGGCCACAUCUAUAGAGACGGGCCGCACAGUGUCUGCUGCAGCAGCGUGUGAGAGGACGCUCUGACAGCAGGGAGACUUUAAGCUGGUGUCUGAAUUAAAUUCCACCCUCCACAAUCACCUUUUACUGCUGGUGAGAAGAAAGCAGGCGAACAGAACCAGAGAAUGUAUGAUUCCCCUGUAAAUUACACCCAGCAGCCUCUAUAGCUGAUGUUAAAACACACACACACACACACGCAAAACGUCAAGUAAAUUUCACAGAUAAAAAUGCUGCAAUUUCUCAAAUUAACAGCAAUCGUGAUUAUUUUUCAACAGUCUGACACUUGCAGAGAGCUUUUAUUGUGGAAUCAAAGAGGAAGUGAUGUCUGUUUAAAAAAACAAUGAUGCAACAGCUGUAGAAAUAAAAUGUCAAGAUAUAUUGGGAGUGGAUAAGAAUACAAUAUAAAACUUUUACGAUAAUAAAUAAAGUAUCUGUCUUGUAAAAAAGGCAGAUGCACACACACAAACACACUAAACAUCAAGUACUUUUCACAGAUAAAUAAGCUACAAUUUCUCAAAUUAAAAUCAAUUCCUCAUUGUUUUUCAACAGUCUUCCACUGUGAAAUCAAACAGGAAGUGAUGACUGUUAAAAAAAACUGAUGCAACAGCUGCAGAAAUAAAAUAUCAGGAUAUCUUCGGAGUAGAUAAAAAUUCAGGAAUUAACUUUUACAAUAAUAAAGUAUCGUAUUGAAGACAGACAGACACACACACACACACACAUACACAGAGCCUUGUCAGCUUUUGGACAGAGUAAAGAGAAGUCUGUUGUCUACCCUGUUGUUCCCAUCAGACACCUUUCUCCUCAUUACACUUCUACAAUGGUUUCUGAUGAAAAACAUCACGAAACACAUAAAGUGACGAAUCAAAAACUCUGGUUGAUGAAAUAAAUAUUUCACCAAAAAUAGCCUUCAGUUAAAGCGACGAUAAAGAACUUUAACAGUGCUGAUUCUGGCGCCCUCUGUGGUCACACACGUUAGUUUCUGCUCAUGAGCAUUUGUUUAGGAAGCGUGAAAGGAGGAUUUUUUUUUAGCAUGAUUUCCCUUUGUUUUAACUGCUGUUUGCAGGAUGCACAUUGAUGACUUAUGGAUCUGUUUGUUGUACAACUUAAAGAGGAACUUUUGUUUCAGCCACAAACGUAAAUUCAUAUAGUGAUAGAGAAAAAAACAUAUUUUUUCUAUUUCUUAAAUAUAAUAAACAUUAGAGGUGUGAAUCACAAUAUGAUUUUAUCCUGAUACUUGAGUCACGAUAUGAUAAUUUUGCAAUUGUAAGCAUUGUGUCAUAUGGUGAGUAUUGAUACAAUAUAUUGUGAUUUAACUGUUUAACUGCAUUUUGUGUCACAAAAUUACAUUCAAUCCAGAAUUGUUUUGUCCAAUCAGAGAAAAUUCUCAGUGUAUUCAUCUCACUUCAGUCUUUUUAUUUGUCCACAAUGAGAGUCAAACCCACAGACUGACCAACAAAGUAUUCAGUCGAACUGAACUGAACUGAUAUCAAACAUGUAUGGAUGACAACAACUGCAGCAUUUUACCAAACUUUCAAAAACAAAAAGCUUCACUGCUAAAAAUGUUUUGCAGUGGUAUUACCACAAUUUCCUGACACGAUAUCCUGACACACAUGGUGCCUAUAGAUUCCUUAGAUCUUCUAGUUUCAUAUGAUACCAGGAUCUACAGGAUAUUCCUAAAAGUGAGCCUGGUAAAUAUCGAUACUUGGCACCAUGAAUCGAUAGAAUAUU